AUUAUUGGCUAGAGUCAAUGUGAUUCAUAAAUUUAGCCAUUUGACGGCAAUUAGUAUUGUAUUUAUCAAAUUUUUGACAAAUUAAAUAUACUAUUUUAUUUUUGUUAAAUUAGUUAAUCAAAUAAUAAAUUAUUUUUUGAGUUGCUUACACAAUUUUUUAAGCAUUAUGGAAGAUAUUCAAACAUAUAGUAAUACCCUAAAACGUAAAAAGAAACGUAUGUCUUGUUAUCAACGCGCUAGGAAAUUUUCUAAACGAGGAAAAUUUGGACAUGGAUUUCAAAUUGAAGAAGAUGAUUUUCAGUACUUUUUAAAUAUUUUAAAAGUAUCCAAUGAAACUUUUGAAAGUCAAGAAGAUAGACUUUUAUUUGUGGGAAAUGUAUUUAAACAGUUGGAUGGCAAUGAAAUUAAUUAUUGCAGCAAUCAAGUUGUGUCUCGUAUUGUGGAUAAUUUACUCCCUGAAGCAAGUGAUGAAAUUAUUAUAAAAAUUAUAAACAAAUUUGAUGAGGAAUUAAGAUUAAUUUGUAAUGAUCAAUUUGCUAGCCAUGUCCUCCAACAACUACUUCAUGUUGCUACUAGUAGAGGAUAUGCUUUAAAUAACACUCCUGAAAAAGUUAUCUACAUUAAUUGGAUAACCAAGUUGUGUAAAUUUGUACUGAAUAAUUUGGAAGAAUUUAUUUGGGAUACUUAUGCCAAUCAUAUUGUUCGAAGUUGUAUUGCAUGCCUAUGUGGACGACCUUAUUUAAGUUCUAAAUUAUCUGAUCAAAAAGGAGAUGUGAUUGAAACUAAUAAAGAACAUAGAAAAAUAUUAAAAAAAUAUGGAGAUUAUAUUAUUAAUUCAUCACAGUUAUCAGAAAUGUUAGCUAGUGAUAUUAUUUCUGGUCUUUUGCAAGUUUUAUUAAAAUGUAUUGGAGUAGUAUCAAAAAAAAGGUUAAAAGUUUUAAUAGAAAAGAUAAUGAAUACAUGUGUAAUUAAAGAUAACUCUGGUUCAUCCAUAACAAUCUUACAAAUUUUAGAUAAUAGUUCAAUUUCAAGAUUACUUGAUGUUGUAAUUGAAGAGGCUCCGUGUGAAGUCAAGAAAACGAUUUAUAAAAAAUAUUUUGACAAAGCAUUUGAGGAAUUAUCAGUUCAUCAUAAUGGAAAUUUUAGCAUUCAAAAAAUACUAGCCACAACAACAGAUUCUACACAAUUUGAAGCUAUGUUUGAUAAAUUAAAAAGUAAAAUGUCUGAAAUCAUUAAUAAAGGUUAUACAGGAGUAUUAUUAGAAAUGUCAAGUGCAUGUUUGCGACUUAAAUGCAAACAAACUUUAUUUUAUCAAUUAUUGUGUGAAAUGUUGAAAUGUAAAGAAGAAACCGAUAAUGGUACAUCUAUUUUACUAAUUCUUGGGUUAAAAUUAUUUGAAAAUUAUGAUUUUACAAAUAAGGAAGCACCUGUUCAUAUUCAUGGAUCUAUGAUAGUUCAGAAUUUAUUGAAGUUUAACAAACCUAUUAAAAUAGUGAAUAAUUUGUUAAAUCUACAUAUUGAUAAUCUUAUUCAUAUAUUUUGUGAUGUGAAAGGAAGUUAUCUUGGUAAUGCUUACUUUGAAAGCAUUUUCAUUGGAGAAAAAAGUCGUGAAAAAAUGUUACGGAAGUUAAAAGGACACUAUACAACAUUAGCAAUAUCAAAGAGUGGUUCACGAGUAUUUGAUUCUUUGUGGAAAGUAGCAGAUCUGAAGUAUCGUACUAGUAUAAUGACAGAACUCUUGAAACAUGAAUCACAAUUAAGUUCAACAAUGAGUGGUUCAAUAAUAAUUUCAAAAGUAGAUUUAAGAAUGUUUAGACAUAAUAAAGAUAAUUGGGUUAAAGUUGAGCAAGAUAAAGUUAAUACCAUGAAAGUUUUUGAAGAACUCAAAUAAUAAUUUAUUAUACAAUCUUUAUGAAACUUAUUUUAGAGUAAAUAAACAUUAAACAUAAUUAUUCCAAUUGCUUCCAUCUUCCGGUAAAAGUUGAUUAGUUACCAAUAGUAUUACAUCGACAAUCCACCAUAUGCCACCACCUCCUAAUGUUAACAAUUUUCCAACAGCUGUACCAGUUUGACCCAAACAAAAUCUAUCCAUUCCUAAAAAUCCUAGCAGUAUUGAAUAUAAAAGUGUCGUUAGAAAAUAAUAACCAUUAUACCUAAAAAAAAAAAAAUAA